AUGAACGUAAUGCGUGCAAUUGUCAUUAAAGAAUUUGGUGAUGCUAACGUAUGUAAAUUAGUAAGAGAUGUACCUAUACCUAAUAUUCAAGCUCGAGAAGUAUUAAUUCGUGUACAUGCAGCUGGUGUUAAUCCAGUAGAUACAUAUAUUCGAUCAGGUUCCUAUAGUCGUCGACCUACUUUACCAUAUAUUCCAGGACUUGAUUCAGCGGGUACUAUUGAAAAAAUUGGUGCUGAUGUUACUAAAUUCAAAGUUGGUGAUCGAGUUUUUACAGUAAAUACUAUAACAGGCACUUACGCUGAAUUUUGUGUUGCUCGUGCUGAUUUUGUCUUUCCAUUACCAGCAAAUGUUACAUUCGAACAAGGUUCAGCACUUGGUGUACCUUAUUUUACUGCCUAUCGAGCACUUGUUAUCAAGUAA